AUGGAUAUUAUCAAAAAAAUACUAGUUAAAUCCUGUGUAAUUGCCUGUUCAGACAUUAGACCAAGCAAACCCAUACAUGGAUCUAAAAGUAUCACCAAUAGAGUGCUUUUGUUAAGUUCCCUAUCAGAAGGAAUAAGCUCAUUAAAUAAUUUUUAUGAUUCAGAUGAUACAAAAGCUAUGUUAAAUUCCUUGUAAGAAUUAAGAUUAUGUGAAGUACAAACACAUUCUAAACAUAAUCUCAUUCUUGAAGGAUGUUAAGGCUAAUUCUAUAAGAAGGAAUACACAAUAAAUGUCAAAGAAAGUGGAACUUGUGCUAGAUUUCUACUCCCUAUUGCUGCCCUAAUUGGGAAUGUCACUAUUAUAGGAGCAUAAAGAAUUUAUGAAAGACCAAUUUAAGAGAUGGUGGAAGCACUUGAUUUAAAUGUGAUAUAUUUAUAAAAGGAAGGAUAAUUGCCAUUCAAAGUAAUAGAUGGAAAAUUUGCUAAACAUAUCAAAAUUAAAUCUCAACUAAGCAGUCAAUUUGUUUCUGGAAUCUUAAUGUCUGCUCCUUAUUUCCCAAAUGAUGAAACUCUGAUUGAAAUCAUAGAUUGCAAUGAAAAUGAAACCAUCGUUAGUGAAUCCUAUAUAGAAAUGACUAUUCAACUUAUGAAUAUUUAUGGAGUAAGGGUAGAGAGACUCUCUAAAACAAAAUUCUUAGUCAAGAAGGGAGUAUAUAAAGCUCAAACCUAUGAUAUUGAACCUGAUGCUACUGCAUUGAGUUAUGACUUAUUGCAUAUUGGGCUAAAUGGUGGAUCGAUUGAAACCAAAAAGAUAUCCAAGUUAUAAGGAGAUGCACAAUUCUUGGAUGUUAUAGAGUAGAUGGGGAUGCAAGUAGUGAGAGAAUAAGGAUUUUAUAAAAUAAUAAAGAAUUAAGACUUAAAACCUCAAGAUGUUAAUUGCAUUAACUUCAGUGACACCUUUAUAUCUUUGGCAUUGUUAAUGUCCUCAAUUGAAGGUCAAUGUAUUAUCAAAGGAAUUGAAAAUUAAAGAGUGAAAGAAUGCGAUAGAAUCAAGGCUGUUACUGAAAACUUGAUUAAGGUUGGCGUUGUUUGUUUAUAAUAAAAUAAUGAGAUUUUAAUUAGAGGCAAAAGAUAUCAAAAAUACAAUGGCUAUAGAAAGGAUAUCACAAUCAAUACAUAUAAUGAUCACAGAAUUGCAAUGGCCUUUAGUAUUUUGGGAGGGCAUUUUGAGAAAGUGCAAUAUUAAUAUAGAAUCAUUAUUGAUAAUAAAGAUUGUGUAAGGAAAACAUUCCCUGAUUUCUAUAAUCAUAUCCAAAGUUUAGGGUUAUAUCAAUAGGCACUAACAUAUAACUAGGAAUAAGAAUUCUUAUACAAUUACUAAUACUAUAAGGAACCAUUGUAUAUUAUUGGCAUGAGGGGGGCAGGUAAAAGUACACUGUCUUAAUAUAUAUGCAAGCAAUUAGGUUUUGAAUAUAUUAGCAUUGAUAAUUUGAUUUCCAAUAAUAUAAAUGAAUUUGUCACAAAUAAUGGAUGGGAAUAGUUUAGAAGAAGUGAAAAAGAGUAAUUUAUACAGAUAUUAUUGAAAUAUCAAAAGAAUGUUGUAGUUGAUUGUGGAGGUGGAAUCAUAGAGGAUGAGUAAAUAUAGUAGUUAUUGAUUGGUAAAAAUGUGAUAUGGAUUGAAAAAGAUAUAAAUGAGUUAAUUGAAGAUUUAUAAUCUCAGAAUAGACCACAAAUUGGAAAUGUUAUGGAGAUAUAUAAUAGGAGAAAAUCAAUCUAUUAGAGAGUCAGUAAAUAUGUUUUUACUUUGCCAAGCAGAAAAUAUAUUUAACAAAUUACAUCCAAUUAUGAUAUUACAAGAUAUUAUCAUAGAGUAAAUGAACUUUAUUUGCAUUUCAUAAAGAACAUUUAACAUUUAAAUUUUCCAAAGAACAAAAUAUAUGUUUCAGAUACUAAUUUUGCAUGCAUAUUUUAUGAAGAAUUAACAAUUUUAGAUCAUCAGAAGAUUCAUUUCAUAAACAGAAAUCAUAACUUAUUGGAAGUAAGGAUGGAUAAGAUUGAAAACAUUGAAGAUUAAUUUGAAUAGAUUAGAUAAUAAAUUUACAACAUCAAAUUCUAUCUUGAUAUUCCAAUAAUAUUUACUUUGAGAACCAAAUCCUAAGGAGGAUUUUAUACUGGAACUCAAUAUGUUAAGAUAAUUGAAUAAUGGCAAAAUAGCUUCAUUGGAGAUUAUUUUGAUAUAGAGAUGGAUUUAUUUAAUAAUGUAAGGAUUUCACAAAAUUAUAAUAAUUCUAUUAUUUUGUCAUAACACUUAUUUGAGAAAACAGAAAAGUUGUAGAUUAUUGAAUUUAUAGACAGAAUGAAAUAUAUCUCAGAACACAAUCCUAAUACAAUAUGUUUAUUGAAAUUGGCAAUUCAUCAAAAUGCUUAUCCAUCAGAACUUACAUACUAGGAGAUAUCAAAGCUAUUCAUGGGCAUGAAGUUUGUGAUACCAUAUUUAGUUGUUUCAAUGGGUCCUAAUUCGCAGUUGUACAGAACCUUAAAUAAAUUUAUGGUUCCCUUAUCUUGUUUGACCCCUACAGCAGUUGGUCAAUGUACUAUACAGUAAUUGCGAUCGAUUAGAAGCCUAGCCAAUUUUGAGAUAACAUAAAAUUAUCACAUAUUUGGUGAUGAUUUAUCUUUAUCAAGAAGUGAUUUACUUCAUUAAAAACAUUUUGACUAGCUCAAUCAACAACAUAAUAAAUUUUACACUAAAGUUUCAAUUAAAAAAAUUGAAUAAGCUAAACCGUAUCUUAAUGACAUCAAUUUCUAGGGUGCCUCCAUUACAAUGCCAUUUAAAGAAGAAGUUCAAUAAUACUUGACAGAAUAAUCAAUAGAGGCGUAAAUAAUAGGAGCUGUGAAUUGUAUAAUAAAGUAUGAGAAUCAAUUGAUUGGAUUUAAUACGGAUUGGUGGGGGAUGUUUUGGCCGAUAUUUAUUAGGUUUCCUAGGAACAUGCAAAAAUGUUUAAUUUUGGGGAAUGGGGGUACUGCAAAGACUGCUAUUUUUGUGGCUGCAAAACUAUUUUUAUUAUAAGUGUUUUUGUAUGGAAGGAAUGCUUAGAGAGUAGAGGCUUUGGCAAAGUAGAGCAAGGUGGAAUUCAUGAGGCAGUCUGAGAGGAAUCACAAAUUCGACUUGAUCAUUUCAACUAUCCCUCCUGGGGCCGAGUUGCCGUUGUGUGAGGAGUGGUUUGAUGAAAAAACUAUAGUUUUUGUGGCUAAUUAAGGGGAUGAUCCCUUAUUGAAGAAGCAGAACUCAAUAAGUGGGAGGGAAAUGUUCGAAGCUUAAGCAAUCGGGCAAGUUCAUCUGUUCAAUGGGAAGUGA